CGGCACUGCGGGGCUGGAGGCUGAGGAGCCGGAGCGGAGGCGCCGGUCCUCCGACGCGCCGGAGGAGAAAAAGUCAUCGUAAGUUUGGUGUCUUAGAAUUAUGGAAUCAAUCUCUAUGAUGGGAAGCCCUAAGAACCUCAAUGAAACUUUUCUACCAAAUGUGGCCAAUGGCAUCAAGGAUGCCAGUAAGAUCACAGUAGGCAUCAUUGGAAGUGGAGACUUCGCAAAAUCAUUGACCAUUCGGCUGAUCAGAUGUGGGUACCAUGUUGUUGUAGGAAGCAGAAACCCUAAACUUGCUGCAGAGUUCUUUCCCCACGUGGUUGAUGUCACUCACCAUGAAGAUGCAGUAACAAAAACAAACCUCAUUUUUGUAGCUAUUCAUAGAGAACACUACACGUCUUUGUGGGACCUCAAGCAUUUACUUGUUGGUAAAAUUCUGGUUGAUGUCAGCAACAAUACAAGAGUAGACCAAUAUCCAGACUCCAAUGCAGAGUAUUUGGCAUCGCUUUUCCCAGAUUCUCUAAUUGUCAAAGGAUUCAAUGUUGUUUCAGCUUGGUCACUCCAGUUAGGACCAAAGGAUGCCAGCAGACAGGUCUUUAUAUGCAGUAACAAUGUUCAGGCUCGCCAUCAAGUUACUGAGCUCGCUCGUCAGCUCGGUUUUAUUCCUAUUGAUUUGGGGGCAUUGUCAUCUUCAAGAGAGAUUGAAAACUUACCUCUGCGACUCUUCACACUGUGGAAGGGGCCUGUAGUGAUUGCCAUUAGUCUGGCAACAUUUUUCUUCAUUUAUUCCUUCAUCAGAGACGUAAUCCAUCCGUAUGUGAGAAGUCAACAGAGUGACUUUUACAAGAUCCCCAUUGAGAUUGUCAAUAAGACUCUACCAGUUGUUGCCAUCACGUUGCUCUCUCUAGUGUAUUUGUCAGGACUUAUUGCAGCCUCUUACCAGCUUUACUACGGCACUAAGUACAGGCGAUUUCCACCUUGGCUGGACAACUGGCUGCAGUGUCGAAAGCAGCUUGGACUGCUCAGCUUUUUCUUUGCAGUGGUGCAUGUGGCAUACAGCCUUUGCUUACCUAUGAGGAGAUCAGAGAGAUACUUGUUCCUCAAUAUGGCGUAUCAACAGGUUCAUGCAAAUGUUGAAAAUUCUUGGAAUGAAGAAGAAGUGUGGCGAAUUGAAAUGUAUCUCUCCUUUGGAAUAAUGAGUCUUGGGUUGCUUUCUUUGCUGGCAGUAACUUCUAUCCCUUCAGUCAACAAUGCCUUAAACUGGAGGGAGUUCAGUUUUAUUCAGUCUACACUUGGAUACGUUGCUCUGCUCAUAAGUACUUUCCACGUACUGAUUUAUGGAUGGAAAAGAGCUUUUGAAGAAGAAUAUUACAGAUUUUACACACCGCCAAAUUUUGUUCUUGCCCUUGUUCUGCCUUCCAUUGUAGUUCUAGGUAAGAUCAUUUUACUUCUGCCAUGUGUAAGUAGGAAACUAAGGAGGAUUAGAAGAGGAUGGGAGAAAAGCCAUGCAAUAGAAGAAACAAGUGGGUCCAUUCCACAUUUCUCUCCAGAAAGAAUAACUGUGAUGUGAUGGUGGACUACAAAUUUUGUUAGUACUACUGAAGAUGUUUGGGUUUUUCUUUGUGUUUUUUUUUUUUUUGUCUUGUAUUUUCAGGAGUUUAUGUAAUGUAUGUGUAAAGUCAGUGUGGACUUGCUUGGCAUACAUACAAGCCCUCAGUGGAUUUAUGAGAAAUUGAUAACUAGGAAAUUGCUAUUUUGGAUAUCUACAAAAAUACUUUGUUUUGAUUUACAGAAGGCAGAUAAUCAUGAAAUCAAUUUAUUUUAAUGCUCCUUUGCACAGUUGUAUCACAACAGUAUUUUGUUAUAACAAUGCUUGUGAGAUAUUUCUUUGACUUAGUGUGUCAGAGUGCUAUGUCUUAAUACCGUACUUUACCACAUCUGUCAUUUAAACCACACUUCUGGGUUACUGAGUUCAGAAUAUUGACUAAUAGAGUUAAUAAUUUAGGAAGCAUUCAGAUUUUGAAGCAACUGAAAUUAAUUUGUAAUGUGUUGCACAUGUACAGUGAAUUUAUUUUUGUGGUUUUCAAAUAUUCCAUGAUUUAAAUAUGCAAAACCAGUUUCAGAUGUGGCCUAAUUAUGCAUCUUGUAAGCAGACAGUAUUGUACCUUAUGGGACUUUUUUAAAGAGAAUGGCAUGAAAUUUUAAACCUUAGCAUCUCUUUCUUUCUGUAUGUCAUAUAAUGAGUCACCAAAGCGUUAUUAUGCACGAGUAGGAGGACUUGCAGAUAUGUAUGCAAGCAACUACUUCUUGAUGGAGUAAUUAUUUUAAAAUACCAGAAAAUAUUUUAAAACAAAAAUAUUGAUAAAUCUGCAACAAUAAAAAUCCACUUUCUCUGUGAAACUUCCUGUAUGUUAGUACAACAAGGAAGCACCACAUUACUCAUGUUCUGUAUGUUUUUUACAUUGGAGUUUCAGUUAUAUAUGAAUGUCCCACAAUCUAUCUUAGUAUCAUCUUGUGUAAAUACAAUCUUCUAUUUUUAUAUAUAAUCUUACUUUUAGAACAAAUGUUUCUGGGAUAUGCCUGAACUUUUGAGAAACAAAAUGAUUAUUCUCAAACUUAAAAAUGAAACUUUUCCUCUAAGACUUGACGUUUGUGUUUUCUGUGGGAUUCAGAAAAACAUUCAAAAUGAUUUAUUACUAUUACUUUGUCAGGUAUUACUCUAACAAAAUAGCUAAACCCAAUUUAUGUACCUUCAGUCUACUCUUAAUUAGCAAAACCUUUAUUUUAACAAAUGAGAAUUGAUCCAAAUUUUCCUUGGAUAUAUGAAAUUAUAUUUUUCUUAACUAUUUUUGCACUGGAUCUCUAAGUUUCUUAGCUGAGUCUUCACUUACUAUUUCUUUGCAAUCAUUUGUCAUCAAUAUGAUACCUGUCAGAAAGAAGUUGAAUUUAUCCUUAAAUAUCAUCAAUCCUUUGAAUCUCAGUACUUCUACAAUGAAACCAGCAGCUCCACAGAAACAGAAUCUAGGAUCAAAUUCUACUCCCAGUUACACCAGCCUAAAUCUGAAGUGUUGUUAGUUGUUCUUAAUUUCAUUUCAAACUCAAAAAUAUACUACAGUUUUAUUUUGAUUGUAGUACCUGUAUUCUCCAAACAUCAAGUCUGUGUAUGUUCAGGGUUUGUUGCAAAUCAAGAGACGGCUGGAUCAUUUUAAUUCCAAGCGUGUCCACCAAGGUAAUAAUGUUACUGUUCCAUUUCCUGUAUGCAGCUAUUUCAGUGACAGAUGUGAUAUGUGAGCCCAAUACUGUUUUAUCAAACCAGAUAUUAAGCAAAAAAACUGUAAUUACUGCAUAUAGACAGGAGCCUAAGCUAAUAGGAAUCCCAUUUUCUCAUAAAAAUAGAGAACAAAUGUCAUUUACAACUGCUAACUUACUUUGCCUGGGUGUAAAUGCAUUUCAGUUACAGAAAGCUGUAUAUUUUUGGAAGGCUUGCAGAGUAACCUGUAACUGAAUUUCCUAGCCGGUGUUUUUUUUUAUUCCAUUAUUACAGACAAACUGAAUAAAGCUUAGGCAGUUUUGCUCCAUUGCUUUGAAUAAAUUUAAUUACAGAAUUAGCACAAAAAGUUCAACUGACACAACUAUUCUUUUGGUUCUAAUUACUCACACGUGCAGGUGUUUGCAGAAUAUUUGCUUGUGAGUUGUCUGAAAGGCAGUUAAUCUUCACAAACCCAUGGCAUUGCUUAUGUAGAGCUAUUUCAACUCUUUCUUAUUAAUUUCAUGCUAGAGAAAACAGCAUAUGAUUUGAUACUAAAAUUCUCCAAGACUUUUUGUAUUUUAAUGAUAUAACUACUGUGCUAUGUUCUGUCCCAGUUCUGUGCAUGAAACCUAAUUAAAGUCACUAAGAUUGAACAGUGUAACUGAAAGUAGAAUUUCCUACCUUUGAACAAAUUUAGAAACCAUUAUUGUUGAGAGUUUCCAAAUUAAAAAUAACAGCAGCAUAUUUAUAGUAAUUAUACAUUUCUGCAGGAUAUAUAAUUAUCAU